CAGUAGGUGGCGGCAAUGCGCAUAAUAUGAUGAUAACCAACCGCUGUCCAAAGAAGAAGUAGAAGUAGCUACAGAAAAACAACAGCGGCUUGUAUUGAAAAUGGCGGGUGCUUUGAAAGAAGAGCAGCUUGUAAGGCAUGUUUAUGCUGCAUUACAGGCCGCGUCUUGUCCUUUGGUGGAAGGUCUGGACCUGCAGGAAGCAGACAGCAUGCUGCAGCUGCUUUGUGUUCCCUCUAAGCACCGCACUGACAUACUGGCAUGGAUCUGCAGCAGAAUCAACCCAAGCUUAACCAAUUCCAAGACAAUGUCAAUGAGCUCCAAAGACCAAGAUGUUUUAUUUAAAGAAAUGGCCAUGCUUGGGCAGGAGCUGAUGCUGUGCAGAGCAGAUGACCUGGACCUGAUCAGAGGGGGUGAUGUCAGCCUUCACAAACAGCUUCAGUUCCUGGAGCAGCUUUUAACUCUAGUCCCUGGUUGCAAGAAGCCUGCUGGGCCCAGACUGGAUGCGGAGAUGCUGCUGAACGAGCUCUGUGCUGCUGAAAACCUGCCUCACCUUUCACAAAUGCUCAUACCCAAAUUCGACCCCUGGCCUGCACACAUCAAGGCUUUAAGCAAAGGCAACAAAUCAUCCUCGAAGCCAGUUAGAGAGGAGACUGCUGAUGUUGCCACCCUUCUACAGCAGACCCAGUCAGCACUGGAGCAGCUACAGUCAGAGUGUGAAUUCCUGAACAGCGAGGCGCAGAGUCCUGGUCUGUUCUCUCCGAGCUCAUUGCGCGUGGCAGCGCGUGACCUCCAGCAGCUGAUGGCUACUUUCAGCCAUGUUUUUGAAACGGACUUAAGAGCUCACUGUAGCAGAGAUCCCCCCAACUUCAGCACAGAGACAGACGUCUUCCAGAGAGUACACCAACUGCUGCAGGCCUUCAUCACGGAGCUGGAAAUGCUAAAGGAAGUAUCAGAAGUGUCAGUGUCCAUGAAUGAGGAAGUAAACAAGCUACAAACACGGCCUUGCUCUCAGAGCCGAGGAGAGAAGCAUACAUUACAGGAUCAACUGGAGGAACUUGGUGGGCAAAUUAGAGACAUUUUCUCCCUGCUUCAUUCUUGACGGCACUCCUUGCAUUAUGCUUUCCACACCAGCCAGGAACUUCAGAGCAUCUGGGUGAAUUUUGAUUGACUCCUGAUGUAUUAACCUAAAGUGCCAAACAGAAUUGUGACCAAAACUUAGCUUUUGAUUUGUCAAAGGUUAACGGUCAGUACCAGCCACUGUUCAGACAUUUCAGCAGAACUGCACACAUGUUCAGUAUGACUGAGACGUCGGCCAUUCACAUCAAUGCAUUCUAUGUAAUUAACAUGAAUUGCUGUAAAUGAGCGGAGGGCUUUCAGUGGGUGAGUUUUUGUUUUGUUAGGAUAAUAGGAAUUCUGUAAUCAGAAUUCAGUCCUUUUCAUUUCUCAGCCAAACUCGUACUGUACUUUGCAAUACCCAGUAUAAAUGUGCAUACUAUGUUACUGAAUAAAUUUAAAUGUUUUAAACUUCAGUUGUAAUCCCAACAA